AUCUGGAUAGAACACAAGUCCUCCUUGUCAGCAAGGGAAGGGAGAAUUAAUCACACAGCCUUGCCUAACUGAAGAAGGGCUGGAAUUAUUGAUGAGCAAAUGGAAUGUCUGGUCUCAGUAGAGAGAGAUUGUCUGCCAAGCCCAAGCAUUUAGUAAUGUGUUUGAAACAGGCCACAUGUGGUAACUAAGUCCUCAGAAGACACCAUAGGUUCUGAAUACCAUCAGAGCCAAGAGGUCAUUUAAACUCCAAGAUCCACCUCCUUGUCUUCCUUCCCCAGAGACACCACUAUGAAGAAUCUGGCUGUCAUUGGAACCAUGGGGCCAAGUCAUGUCUGCCCACAGCUGCUGGCAUUUGCAUCCCUGGGCACUGAGGUCUGAAACUCGACCCUGGCAAGGGCCCUACCCCCUUGGAGGAAAUGGCUGAACAGCCCGAGCAACAGCAGAUGAAAACUUCCUUCCUCUUCAUCCAGCUGCAGGCCCCCCCUGCCCGAGCUCACCCCUCCCAGUCUCCAGCUACUGCAGCCUGGACAGCAGCCCCAGGGGGCCCGGAGGAGGGACACAUUUUCCCAAGUCCCAGGACUGGCUUCUUGGCAGGCCAGGACCUCAGGCACACACAGGGCUUGGCUGCUCUUCCCUCCCGCCUGCUGCAGAAGGGGGGCUCUGGGACAGAGGAACCAGCUGCUUUCAGUUGCUCUGCUCUGAAGGAGGAGGAGAGAGAGGAAAAAUCCCAGGAUCUGGAUGUAAGAAGAGGUGGUGUCUGCAGAACCCCACGUCACAGGCCUUCCCCGGCCCCCGCCUCCAGGAAAUUUGGACGACUACAGCCCCUGUCAUGCAGACUUCGUAGUCCAGCUCCCGUUAUGAGCAAUGAAAGCAACAAUCCCUCCAUGGGCUGGGAGCACUGGCCAGUCAUCACUGCCCCCCAGGACCUGUGGAGCAAGGACCCUUCAUCUUGGGAUGCCUUGGGAUGUUCAAUGCCACCGGCCAUCCUGGCUCACGCUACUGACAGGGGUGAAAGUGCUAUGCUGAGGAGAGGUGUUGCUACCUGCCAGAUUCUUCCCAAGAGCUGUGAAGAGGGCACCAGCACCACUGUGCAAGCUAGGAGAGCAAGGCUCUACAGAUACUGUCCGCCCGUUCAGACCAGCAAGAGCUACCCGGCCCUGCCUGCCGCUCUGCCUCUCAAGGCAGAGACAUUUGUUUGGGUUAACAAUGCAUCGUCUCAUUCCCAGAGUGUUGCCAAGGCCAAAUAUGAAUUUUUAUUUGGCAUAUCUAAAGAGAAACCUCCAGAUACUAGUGAUCAUGGAGGAAGCACUUUACUCCCACCAAAUGUCACAAAUGAAUUUCCAGAAUAUGGGACCAUGGAGGAUAGUGGAGAAGGCCUAAGAACUUCUCUUGGGUUUGAUACAGAGUCUCUGCCAGGCUGCCCACAAGGGCAGCUGGGGGUCCAGCUUCUUCAUGGCCACCAGUCUGGGCUUGAGAGUGUUACCGACGGACCAAAAGAUGUCAGAGAGUCCCUCACUCAAAGUCACCUCAAGGAACAAAGUUUACAACCCAUUGACUCCUUGAUUUCAACUCUGAAAGCCACAGAAGCCAGAAAAGCUUCAGGAACAUUACAGGCUACAAAGGUACUGAACAAAGAUGCUAUUUCUAGUUUUUCAGUUCAGCAGGUGGAUAAAGAGCUGGACACUGUCCCUCAUAAAACAAAGAGACAGGGAGCCAAAAAAUUAUUUCCUGCUGGCCAAGAAAAAGCACCAGAUAUACCUCUUUCAGCUGAAGUUACGACUGAGGAGAACUUUUAUUUGAGCAUCCAGAAGGAUCAGACUGUACUAUUAACUGGAGAGGCUCAGGCAGAGCUUUCCAAGAUAACUAAUAAUGGUAGAAAAGGGGCUGUCCAUGUGCAGGAGCCAGCUUGUUCUAUAUCCUCCCUGGGGAGCCCAGCAGUGACGCAUACCUCUGCAGGCAGUGUUGCUCUUUUGAGAGAGAAGAGGUCUGAUCAAGGUAGCUCCACAGGACGCCCAGGCCGGGUCAAACAUGUGGAAUUUCAAGGGGUGGAAAUAUUGUGGACAGGAGGGGAGAAAAGAGAGAUACAGCAUCCUGUGGAUUUUGAGAUAUCAUUGGAAAGGAGCACCUCUCCUGAAAACAGAGAACUUUCCAGAGUGCCAACCCAUCUCAUUUCAUGUGCUGGUUUGUAUAAUUCAGUUGGUUUAACUGAGAGUGUUUGGGAUGAAACCUGGAGAUCAUCAGAGAAGCUGGGCACCAGCUCAGGGACGUUUUCCCCUCUGCCUCUUGUUGAGAGUGGAGAGGAUGAAGUCUUCCUAAAGGAAAACAAAGAACAUCUUGAGAAGAAACCUGAACUGGAGAGAGACAAGGAAAGGAUUCUUGAGCAAGAGGAGCACUUUAGGGGAGGAGAUGACGAUGUCCUUGGGCCUGCGUAUACAGAGGACUCCACUGAUGUGUACAGCUCCCAGUUUGAAACCAUUUUGGACAACACUUCCUUAUACUACAGUGCUGAGUCCUUGGAGACAUUAUAUUCAGAACCUGAUAGCUAUUUUAGCUUUGAAAUGCCUCUCACUCCAAUGAUACAGCAGCGCAUUAAAGAAGGCAGUCAGUUUCUGGAGAGGACAACAGUGGCAGGACAGCAAGAUGUCCUGAGUGUCUCAGCAGAUGGUGGAAUAGUGAUGGGUUAUUCUAGUGGGAUCACCAACGGGCUGAAUGACACCAGUGACUCCAUCUACACGAAAGGCACACCAGAGAUUGCUUUCUGGGGAAGAUACCGCUCAGGAUAUGGAGUACAGCAGAAGAGCAAUGCUGGGGUAAAAACAGCACUACUAGAGACUCAUUCUGAGAUGGGGAGCACUGAAAUUCUGGAAAAGGAGACCUCAGAAAGUCUCAGUAAUGGUACCAGCAGCAACAUAGAAGCAGCCAAAAGGUUGGCCAAACGCCUUUAUCAACUAGACAGAUUCAAAAGAUCGGAUGUCGCAAAGCACCUAGGCAAGAACAAUGAAUUUAGCAAACUAGUUGCAGAAGAAUAUCUGAAGUUUUUUGAUUUUACAGGAAUGACACUGGAUCAGUCUCUCAGGUAUUUCUUUAAAGCAUUUUCUCUUGUGGGAGAAACUCAAGAACGAGAGAGAGUUUUAAUACAUUUCUCCAAUAGAUAUUUUUACUGUAACCCAGACACUAUUGCUUCACAAGAUGGAGUCCAUUGCCUCACCUGUGCAAUGAUGCUUCUUAACACAGAUCUCCAUGGCCAUAAUAUUGGAAAGAAGAUGACCUGCCAAGAGUUCAUUGCAAACCUCCAAGGGGUAAAUGAAGGUGGUGAUUUCUCCAAGGAUCUACUGAAAGCUCUGUACAACUCAAUUAAGAAUGAGAAGCUUGAAUGGGCAGUAGAUGAUGAGGAGAAAAAAAAAUCUCCAACUGAAGGAACUGAUGAGAAGGCUAAUGGAACACAUCCAAAGACCAUCAGUCGUAUUGGGAGUACUACCAACCCAUUCUUAGACAUUCCUCAUGACCCAAAUGCUGCUGUAUACAAAAGUGGAUUCUUGGCUCGGAAAAUCCAUGCAGAUAUGGAUGGGAAGAAGACUCCAAGAGGGAAGCGAGGAUGGAAAACAUUUUAUGCUGUACUAAAAGGAACAGUCCUUUACUUGCAAAAGGAUGAAUAUAAACCUGAAAAGGCCCUGUCUGAAGAGGAUUUGAAAAACGCCGUGAGUGUGCAUCAUGCGCUGGCAUCCAAGGCCAUAGACUACGAGAAGAAGCCGAAUGUACUUAAACUUAAAACUGCCGACUGGAGGGUCUUGCUUUUUCAAGCUCAGAGUGCAGAGGAAAUGCAAGGAUGGAUAAACAAAAUUAAUUGUGUUGCAGCUGUAUUUUCUGCACCACCAUUUCCAGCAGCCAUUGGAUCUCAGAAGAAGUUUAGUCGUCCACUUCUGCCUGCUACUACAACAAAAUUGUCUCAAGAGGAACAGCUGAAAUCUCAUGAAAGCAAACUGAAGCAGAUUACCACUGAGCUGGCUGAACACCGCUCAUAUCCCCCGGAUAAGAAAGUUAAAGCCAAGGAGAUAGAUGAAUACAGACUGAAAGAUCACUAUCUGGAAUUUGAGAUGGAGUUGUUGUCCUGCAAAAAUAAAAAGCAGUACAGGGGAUCCGCCCUCUCAUUCCUGGAAGCCAGGUGGGCCCUGAGGAGGGCAGUAGCAGGACCAGAAGGUAGGAGAGGGUCCAAUGAUGGCCAUUCAGCUCUCCUUUCUUUCUAAAUGACCCACGGAAGAACUCUUUAGAAGCAGUGUAUUAGGGCUGUUACCACCUGGCAAAGAUGAAAUGCCAUAGGAAUAUCUGGGCUGGGAGGCCCAAGAGCAAAAGAAUGGAGACAAUGAAGUUCUAUAAAUCCAGUCCUUUUUGUCUAUAUUAAAGCCCUCUGACCUCUUCCACUUAUUAUUAUAUAAAAGCAAGCUUUUUGUUUUAAAAUUUUUUGAAAUAGAAGACAAAUUCCAUUUAGAGAACAAUAGAGCCAAACAUUAGACUGAAAUGGAAAAUGGAAUUCAAGUUUCCUCACAUUUUCCCAGAAAGCCACAAAUACAAACUAUACAAAUUGAAAUGUGUGUAUUUGCUGUAUUUAGGCAGUGGGUUAUCACUACAUGCUAAAGACUAAUAUGGGAGUAACAUAGGGAAAAAAUUCUUUAA